AUGUCGACGAAGAAGAUUGUGUUGAAGUGCUCCGAUGGUGAGACGUUUGAGGUCGACGAAGCGGUCGCACUCCAGUCGCAGACGAUAGCGCACCUUGUUGAGGACGAUUGCGCCGACAGUGGGAUCCCGCUAGCGAACGUCACAGGCAAAAUCCUCGCGAUGGUGAUCGAGUACUGCAAGAAGCACGUCGCGGUCGAUGGUGGUGAAUCCUUGUCCGAGGAGGAUCUCAAGAAGUGGGACGCCGAGUUCAUGCAAAUCGAUCAGUCCACGAUCUUCGAGCUCAUCCUCGCUUCGAAUUACCUAAACAUCAAAAGCCUGCUUGAUCUGACUUGCCAAACGAUCGCUGACAUGAUCUCAGCCUGCAAAAACGCAGAGGAGAUUCGCCAAAAGUUCGGCAUCCAGAACGAUUUUACACCCGAGGAAGAAGAAGAGGUUCGCAAGGAGAACCAGUGGGCUUUUGAAUGA